AGGAUGAAUGAAUACAUCAAUCAUUUAUUUCAUCAAUGGUGAUGGCAAUGAAGAUUGAAAAACAAUCCAGCAAAUUAAUAAAACCCUUUGUUCAAACUCCUCCUACACAAUCUCACUACAAGUUGGGCUUCAUCGACGAGUUAGCUCCUGCCCAUGAUACUGGCAUCGUUCUGUUCUUUGCCGCUAAUAGCAAUCACAACCCCAACUUUGUUGCCCGACUUGAAAAAUCGCUUGGAAAAACCUUAACACGACUCUACCCUCUUGCGGGUAGAUACGUUGAAGAAACUCAUAGUGUUGAUUGCAAAGACCAAGGUGCUGAGUUUAUACACGCCAAAGUUAAUAUCAAACUUCAAGAUUUUCUUGUCUCCGAAGAAAACGUUAAGUUUACUGACGAAUUCAUUCCAUCCAAGAUAGGGGUUGCUCGUCAACAAAGUGACCCGUUACUUGCAACUCAAGUAACCACCUUUGAAUGUGGAGGUGUGGCAAUUGGUGCAAGUGCUACACACAAGAUUGUUGAUGCUUCCACUCUAUGCACAUUUGUAAACGAAUGGGCUGUUACAAAUCGAGAAGAAAAUGAGAUUGAAUUCAAAGGGCCUGGUUUCAAUUCAUCCAUAUUGUUUCCUAGUCGUGGUUUAAGCUCUAUACCAUUUCCAUUUAUAAACAUUGAGAUGUUAAACAAGUAUACAAAAAAGAAACUUUCAUUCAGUGGGAGUGCAAUAUCAAAGAUGAAAGCAAAGUGUUCAAAUAGCACCCGCCAACGGUCAAAGGUACAAUUGGUAUCAGCAAUCAUUUGGAAAACUUUCAUGGGUGUUGAUCUAGCAAUACACAAUCAUCAAAGACAUUCCAUACACAUUCAGGCAGUAAGCUUGAGGGGGAAAAUGGCAUCCUCAAUACCCAAAACUUCUUGUGGGAAUCUUUGUGGGGCAUGUACCACAGAAUGUACAACUCUUGAAAGAACUGAAGAACUGGCAGACCGUUUAACUGAUUCUGUCAAGAAAACUGUAACUAAGUACUCGAAGGAGCGCCAUGACUGCGAAGAAGGACAAGCGAUGGUUUUGAAUUUAAUAAUGUCAAGCAUGGACAAUAUUAGUGAAUCUACUAAUGUUGUCUUCACAACUAGUUGGUGUAAGUUUCCUUUUUAUGAAGCUGACUUUGGUUUCGGAAAACCUACUUGGGUUGCCCCUGGUAUCGUACCGGUUCACCAAAUGACGUAUAUGAUCGAUGACGCUGAAGGUACUGGAGUAGAAGCAUAUGUCUAUCUUGAAGUUAAAGAUGUGCCUUAUUUCGAAGAAGCUCUAGAACAUGCUAUUGCUUUCGGAGCAUAAAGUUUCUAGAUUAUAAAGAUGUGUCUUUCGUUUCUUUGUAUCUAUAAUCUGUUUAUGUGGCUUGUUAUAUUGAUAUAUUGGGCCUUACCCAUGUUUUAUAUGGUGUAAUAGCAAGUUUGUUUCAGUAUUUAACCUAA